AUGGCCAUGCCUCCAAAGGAGGGCGUUCUUUUCUGUACGGAUAUGUACACCUUCAUCAAGAUGGCCGCGCCCGCUGUAAUGCGCAGCUUCGUGCAUACCAGAGGCAAAGCAGAGGCGGCCAUGUUGGGUUUGAUGCGUCUUGUGAAGGGGAUUGGACCCGCGAGAGCAGCAGGCGCAUGCGCAUCGCCGUUCGCGGCGCUUGUGAUUGACUCACGGGGACCAAUGGUUAUCUUGGGCGGGGAAAGCGGUUGUACGGCCGACUUUCCAAGAUGGCGGUCCCCAAAUAAAUCGGUUAAAGGGCGCCGCCAUACUCUUUCUCAGUGUCUUUGUCUAAAAGACCCCAAAACUGAACCGAAUCUGCCCCAGGUGGUGGGGCAGCCUGCAGACUCGGAGGCUACGGAGGUUAAACUUGACCGUUUCGCGUUCCGGGAGCGGAGUCAGCAGCUGGAUUUAAGGAGAUUUGGGAUUUAUGGCAGGGGAGUCCGUGACAGUAGCAAGCCCUUGUGGAGAAGCGGGAGGGAUGUGGCUGUGGGUUUCACCUGGGAGGAGUGGCAGCUACUGGACCCUGUUCAGAAGAACUUGUAUCAAGAAGUGAUGUUGGAAAAUUAUAGCAACCUAGUGUCAGUGGGGUAUCAGGUUACCAAAGCAGAUGCAUUCUUCCAGUUGGAGCAAGGAAAACUAUGGAUAAUAGAGGAAGAAAUCCAGAAUCAGAUUCAUCCACCAUCAAGAUCUCGUACAUUGGACACACUUGGGAAACAUCUGAAACCUAAUCUAGAGUAUGUUGUUCAGAAUGGAAGCUAUGCAAGAGAUGAAGUUGAAUUUAAUGGAUAUGACAAAUUUUUUUUUUAUACUAAGCAUGGGAAAAUUCAUACUGGAAAACAAUGCAGUGGAUAUAAUGAAUGUGUAAAGGUUUUCAGCCAUGAGUCACAGCUGAUUAGACACUGGAAAACUCAAACAGGAGAGAAACACUAUGACUGCAGUGACUGUGGGAAGGUCUUUUCCCAGAAGUUAGACCUCAGUAAGCAUCAAAGAACACACACAGGACAGAAACCCUAUGGAUGCAGUAGAUGUCAGAAAGCCUUCAGCCGCAAGUCCCAUCUUAUUUUACACCAGAGAACCCAUACAGGAGAGAAACCCUAUGAGUGCAAUAAGUGUGGAAAAGCUUUCACUGAUAAGUCAUGCCUUAAUAAACAUCAAAGAACUCACACAGGAGAGAAACGCUUCGAGUGUCAUAUAUGUCAGAAAGGCUUCAGCAAUAAGUCACAACUGACUUUACAUCAAAGAAUUCAUACAGGAGAGAAACCCUAUAGUUGUGGUGAAUGUCAGAAAAGCUUCAGCAAUAAGUCACAGCUCGUUAUUCAUCAGAGAGCUCACACAGGAGAGAAACCCUACGGUUGUGAUGAAUGUGGGAAAACAUUCCCCCUUAAGUUUAGCCUCAUUCUACAUCAAAAAACUCAUACUGGGGAGAAACCUUAUGGAUGUAAUGAAUGUGGGAAAGCCUUCAUCCAGAGGUCUGAGCUCAUUAGACAUCAGAGAACUCACACAGGAGAGAAACCUUAUCACUGCAGUGAAUGUGGGAAAGGCUUCAGUGUGAAGUCACUCCUCAAUACCCAUUGGAGAACUCACACGGGAGAGAAGCCCUAUGGAUGCAAUGAAUGUGGAAAAAUGUUCUCCAUCAAGUUUAGCCUCAUCCUACACCAAAGAACUCACACAGGUGAGAAACCCUAUGCGUGCAGUCAGUGUCAGAAGGCUUUCACUCAAAAGUCACACCUGACUAUUCAUCAGAGGUCCCACACCGGAGAGAAACCGUAUGAAUGCAGUGACUGCCACAAAGCCUUCAGCCGGAAGUCCUAUCUCCUUAUCCAUCAGAGAAUUCACUCGGGAGAGAAACCUUAUGAAUGCCUUGAAUGUGGGAAAACUUUCUCUCACAAGUUUAGCCUCAUUAUUCAUCAGAGAAUCCAUACAGGAGAGAAACCGUAUGGAUGCAGAGAAUGUGGGAAAACUUUUCCCAUCAAGUUUAGCCUUGUUCUACAUCAGAAAACGCAUACAGGAGAGAAACCUCAUGAAUGCAGCAAGUGUCAGAAAUCUUUUGCCCAGAAGUCACAUCUUAUUAUACAUCAAAGAACUCACACAGGUGAGAAACCUUAUGGAUGCAGCGAGUGUUGGAAAACUUUCUCCCACAAAUUUAGCCUCAUUCUACAUCAGAAAACUCAUAGCAGAAAGAAAUCAUGA